UGAUUCUUCGAGAAAUUCUGCUGCCGUCGAGAUGGAAGCGGUCCUGAUAUGGUCAUGAUGAUGUGACCUUUGAUGUGCGUACUGUAGGCUGCAGCUCCGGUGGACUCACGCAUAUAGGUAUGUCCGGAGGGCACAGGGGUGGGAAGCCUCAGUUCUCUGCCUUAGACUACGUACAGUAGGGGUCCUGGUAAGUAAUAAACUUUCCAGCCGUGCCGUCCCCUGCCAAGCCAAUGAUCGAUGCUCAAGCAUAGCGUCUCCACCGAUCAAGGCUCAUCAAGACUCAUGCCGGUCGCCUUUUAAAAGUGUCUGGCGUGCCUGUCGUACUCGCAGCAUCUACCUACGCUCCUGAACCUGCCGCGACACUCUGCCUUGGCCCGACAUGGCGUCCACCGAAGAUCUGACGUUCAAGGCGCGGGUGUGGGAGACUAUCAAGGUGAACUGGCAUCUCGGCUUCACUGCCUUUGGUGGUCCGCCAGUGCACUUCAAGAUUUUUCGAGACAAACAUGUCGUCAAGCUACGAUGGCUGGAUGAACAGCUUUACCAGGAGCUGUUCAGCAUCUGCCAGGCCCUCAGCGGGCCCGGCAGCACCAAGAUGCAUUACUGUAUCAAUCUGCUCCACUCCGGCUUCCCCUGCGCGGUGCUGGGCUUUCUGAUAUGGAGUCUCCCCGGUGCCAUUGGCAUGUACGCUCUCUCCAUCGGCGUGUCCAACAUCUCCGAGCAGCUGCCCCGCGCGGUGUACGCGCUCCUCUCGGGCCUCAACGCCGCGACGGUCGGCAUCAUCGUCCUCGCCGCGGUGGAGCUGUCGCAAAAGGCCAUCACGGACAAGGUCACGCGCAUCCUCGUGUUCCUCGCCGGCGCGGCGGGUCUGCUGUACAACGCACUCUGGUACUUCCCCGUGCUCAUGGUGGCAUGCGGCAUCGUGACCAUCAUCCACGACUUUCGAUGGCUGCACCCCGUCGUGCACAAGGUCACGCGCCUGUUUGAGAAGAAGAGGGAUGAGGAGAUUGAGAUGGAGCGCAAUGCAGUACAGAGUGGCAGGUCGGCAAGUUGCGCGGAGGAAGAGGAGAGGACGUCGAGAGACACGCGCAACGGGCCGUUGACACCGCCACCCGAGCAGCAGGACAACCAGGGAAUCCUCCCGUCGACCGAGACUGAGGACGAGCCGCGCGUGAUCCCCGAGAGUCACCGCGUGGAGGUGGGCAUGUCGUGGAAAGUGGGACUGGGCGUGGUGUCACUCUUCCUGCUCAGCUUCACCGUCAUCAUGGUUAUCCGCGGCGUGCUGCCGGGCCAGCCGCUGCUCUACCGCCUGUUCGCCAACAUGUAUCUCGCGGGCACAAUCAUCUUUGGCGGCGGGCCGGUGGUCAUCCCGCUGCUGCGCGAGUACGUGGUGACAGAGGGGUGGGUGAGCCCCCGUGAUUUCUUGAUCGGUCUAGCUAUCAUCCAGGCCUUCCCCGGCCCCAACUUCAACUUCUCCGUCUAUCUCGGUGGCCUGACGGCCAUCAACGGCGGGCAGAAUGCGGCGCUGGGCGCGCUGGUGGCGUAUCUCGGCAUCUUCCUGCCGGGCAUGUGGCUUGUGCAUGGCACCGUGGGGAUCUGGAGCGCGAUCCGCGGCUGGCGCUGGGUCAAAUCGGCCGUGCGCGGUCUCAACGCGGGGGCCGUGGGCCUCAUCUACACGGCCGUGUACCGGCUCUGGCAGAUUGGCUACAUUGACGAGGGGUAUCGUGACGGGACGAGUCUGGCCGUCGAGCCGUGGUGGGUUGUCGUCACGGCCACCAGCUUCGUCGGGGGCAUGUGGUUCGGUCUCAAGCCCUGGGUGGCCAUCGUCCUUGGCGGCGUCAUGGGCAUGAUCUGGUAUGGCGUUGUGACGACCUAGGUAGACC